AUGUCCGGCCUCACAGACGCCCAAGUGGCCUUCUUCCACGAAAACGGCUACCUUGUCAUCCCAGACUACCUCAGUCCAACAGAAAUAACCUCUGUCCUAACCGAAGCCGACACCCUCCUCAACAACUUCGACCUAGACACCCACCCCCUCACCCAAUUCACCACCGGUGAUGAUGAUACAACCGACCACGUAGGCGACGACUACUUCCUUAACUCCGGCGACAAAAUCCGCUUCUUCUUCGAGACAGAUGCCUUCAGCAAGGAACCCGACCCAGUCACGGGCCGCGCAGCCCUCCUCAAACCCAAGAACCUAGCUGUGAACAAAAUCGGCCAUUCACUCCACACCCUCUCCCCGGCAUUCAAGUCGAUCUCUCUGAACGAGCGCAACGCAUCCAUCGCACGCUCACUGGGCUUCGUCGAUCCCCGCGUUCUGCAAAGCAUGCUCAUCUGCAAACAGCCCUCUAUCGGCGGUGCAGUUCCCUCGCACCAGGAUUCAGAGUUUCUGUACACGGACCCGCCCUCUGCAGUGGGGUGGUGGUAUGCGCUGCAGGAUGCGGGACCGGGUAAUGGAACACUGGCUAUGAGCAAGGGAUCGCACAAGGGUGCGAAUGGAGGACAUAUUAAGAGGCGGUUUGUGCGGAAGACGACUGGGUCUGGAACGGAGUUUAUUGAGAAUGAGGGACCUGCUUUGCCGAAGGGGAUGGAGGAGGAGAAGGUCUCUGAGCCUUCGGAGUUCGAGGUUUUGGAGAUUAAGGCUGGUUCUUUGGUGCUUAUUCAUGGGAAUGUGCUGCAUAAGAGUGAGAAGAACACUAGUGCGCGGAGUCGGUACGCGUAUACCUUCCAUGUUAUUGAGGGGGCAGAGGGGUGGAAGUAUGAUGAGCGGAAUUGGUUGCAGCCGCCGGAAGGUGGGUUUUCGAAGCUGUAUCAGUGA